CUUAUCGCUGUAUCUUUAGUCAGUAACUGAGACCCGCUGCUCUCCACUCUAACACUGUCUCUUCUGUCACUCUCUCAGGUCUUAGCUUCAGUUCCCGGAGAUCCCCAGUUAAGAUGACUUUCUACGAUGACAUUUAUCCAUUCUACCCCCUACAAAGAACCUCUUUCAUCUUUAACACCCAACUCCUCACCAUUAUUCUCGUCUUCCUGGUCCUCGCGGUAACUUUUCUUCUAAUUCUGCCAGGAAUCAGAGGCAAGUCGAGAUUUCUCUGGAUGUUCAGGAUUAUCAUCAGUUUAUUUAUAGGCGUUGUGAUAGUGGCCCUGAAUUUCACCAGUGACUGGGCUGUGGCCCAGGGCUCAACCAACACCUCCUACAAGUCCUUCAGCAGCGAGGAGGUGGAUGCAGAGGUGGGCCUACAUAUCGGGUUGUAUGGCAUCAACAUCACUUUAAGAGGGAAUCCUGUGAACCAACUCAACGAGACCAUCAACUACAACGAGAUGUUCAAGUGGCACGACACCGAUGAGGAGUACGAGAAGGCCCUUGAGAGAGGCCUGCCCAACCCGAUCCUCUACAUCGCUGAGAAGUUCACCCUCAGUAGUCCAUGUGGUCUCAUCUACCAGUACAGAUACUCUGGCCAAUACGCCUCAUCCACCCUUUGGACGGCGUUCUGCUGCUGGUUGUUGGCCAACGUGUUGUUCUCCAUGCCGGUCAUCCUGUACGCUGGCUGCAUGAUGGUGGUCACCGCCGCCUUCAUCUUCUUUUCCAUGGCCUCCUUCUCCACCAUCAUGAAUCUGCCGUCAUGCAUGUUCACCCUUGGCACCAUGGGAGCCUUCCAGACGGAGUACAGCGGCUCCUUCUGGUUGGCGCUGGCCACGGGUGUACUGUGUUUGCUGAUAGGAGUGAUGGUGGUGAUCCUGGACUGUGUGAUCCCAGAAAGGAUGCGAGAGGCCUUCAGUGUCGGGGUGGACACAGAGGAAGACGACAUUUAUAUGGGAGAGGGAUACCUGAACUCCAACUUCCUCAGUGGGGUCACCACCGUCACGCAUGAUUUGGGGAAAGGCAUCAAACAAACAUCCCUCAAGGAGCUGUCGGUCCACGUAUAUGAGGAUCCUGAUUCAAAUGUCUCCACCGGCAGUACGUUAGGUUAA